UGCUAUACUGAAACACUAUAGUCAACCUGUAUAUACGAAGUGCUAUAAAACAAGAAGUCUGCAAGAUCAGACAAUCACAUACUUCUGAGUAUUUGUUAAGUAAACCUCGUAGCAUACAGGGAAUCUUCGAUCGAUUUCAAAGUCUUGGAACCAGUAAGAAUCUGGGAGAGGCCAAAUCAUGACGAUCAAAAUGAUCUUCACACUUGUCAUCAUGAUUACAACAAUGCUCAAUUUUAUUUCCUCAGCUGCCACAAACACUAGGCCUGAAUAUAUUGGGUGUCAGAAUAAUGACGAGUGCGCACCAGGAUUUUGUUGUUCAAUUUUGCCAGACAAAUAUAGCGCCCCAAGAUGUAAUCCUCUGAGAGAAGACGGAGAAAUGUGCAGACCAAAAGCUUCAACAUUUAAUACGACUCUACACUACCCGGACGGUGCCAGUGUGGAAUUAACAAAUGUCCACUAUAUUAUAUGCCCUUGCGCAGAUGACUUGACCUGUGACAUUUCAGAUGGAGUUUGUAGGGAUAAAAAUCGAAAAAACGAAAUUCACGCAGAUUCUAACAAAGAAGAUGAAUAGAUUUAAUCAGUAUUUAGAAAAUAAUUAAAUUUUAUAUCUUGUGCAGAAAAUGCAGACGAAAUUCCCUUCAAUGACGUUCAGGGGAUUAUUUUAACUUUAUCAUGGGUGUCCUGAAAUUGGCAUAGUUUAAUACAAAGUGGGGCAUUCUCUAAAUGUAUAUUUGUACAAAUUAGGGACGGUUUUUAAUUGAUAGAAACGUCAUAAUUAACGCUAAUUUUAUUAGAGUAUUUUUAAUUGUAUAAGAGUAUUAGGAUUAUGGUUUAAUCAAUUGUUCAUAUAUUAUAUAGAGAGUGACAACCCUUUAAAAAUGUCAGCUGAUAAUUAAGUGCGACUCUAUCUGCCACUUGUUAAUUCAAUGUCCAUAUUAUUGUCACUAUAUAAAUGAAAUGUUAAAAAAUGUA